AUGCCGAAGCCUGCAAAGGGCUCGAAACCGGCCAAGGCUGCCACGUCCACACCGCAGAAUUGCACUCAGGCAGCAGAGGCCCCCGGUCCGCCGGCGUGGCCCCAGUUCAAGCCCCGGCUGCCGGUGAUGGACCUCGCGCCAGAGUUUCUUCCCGCAACGUCCAAGGUCGCCCUCAUCCCAUCCUUCUUCCCCCGCUCCCUGUGCCGAGAGUACGUAGCCUUCCUCAAGACGCUGCCGCUCCAGACAACACCGUCUCGUCCCAAGCGCGGCGAUGCGGUCCGUGUCAAUGAUCGCUUCCAGACCCACGACGCGGCCUUUGCUCGGAGGUUGUGGGAGCAGACGGGCCUGAAGGAGACUCUGCUCGAGAACGAGAGCCUCAAGGGCUCGUGGGGCGGUGAGCCGAUCGGGUUGAACCCGAACAUUCGAGUCUAUCGAUAUACCAAAGGCCAAUACUUUGACUGCCACUACGACGAAUGCAACAACCUGACGCUUCCCACCGAACCACCCACGGCUGCGCGUACAACCUGGACCUUGCUCUUGUACCUCACCUCGGCCGCCGAGGGUUGCGUCGGCGGCGAGACCGUCUUUUAUCGUCACGACAGGAAGUCGCCUUCUCAGGAGAUUGCAGUGCCGUUGGAGACAGGGAUGCUCCUGUUGCACAAGCACGGCGACGACUGUCUACUGGUAGGUUUCCUCGCCGGCCAGCAUGACCGUGGUUGCGACGGCUGUCCUCCGACCUCGGCUGACUGGCUGCAGCAUGAGGGACGCGAGGUGACGGCAGGCGAGAAAUGGGUCUUGCGAACAGAUCUCUGCAUUCGCAGGUGA